GCACAAGGUGAGGCGGAAAGUGGAGAUGUGGCUAUGUACAUAGUAUUCGGCCGCCGCUCGUCCGGUGCUUCUGCAGAGGCCGUUUGAUAUCCUUCAGUCGAGAACAAAUCGAAACUUUACGAAACCUCCGAGGUAGCACUAGCAGCUAUACCACCUCGUUUGAGCGAUAUGAUCCGCGCUCUCUUCGACCUCAGAUCGUGGGCGAUUUUUGCGCUGUUAACUGUAGUUAUAUCUCAUCACACAGGGCAAGGAAUGUGCGAUCAACCUCCUUCUUUUAUACAUCUCGUGAGCAGCAGUCAAUCGUUUGCAACGUGUCCACAUUAAGAUUUAUUUGGUCAGAAGUCAUUGUGUGCUGAGAUAGAAUUACGUAUCUUGAUCUUUCACCGACUUGAAAAAUUUGACGCUUUAUUUUAUCAUGUUGCCCUUUUCUGUCGAGAUCGAUUCCGUUGACUUCAAGUUUUCCUCCGCGCACUAUGGCAGUGCACAAUUCUCUUCCCGUAUUUGUCAUGUAAAUUGUAGCCAAGCCCAAGCCAAGAAGUUAGGUUUUGUGCAGUAUUUGCGCGGCAAAUUUUUACUCUGCGCGCGCAAACAGUAACAGUACCGCGCUCUGUCUCCGGAUUGGUCAUGCAAAACCUACUUUCCUGUAAGUAUCCGUUCCUAGUACUGUUCUUGAUGCCUGUCAAACGAGGAGGAGGGGACUAGGGCACUUGCAUACGCACUUUGUAGCCUUCCGGGGUUUCCGCGAACGGCUGCACGGGCACAAUUACACGGUCAAGGUGCGCUAUCUUUGGGAGAAAACGACACCACUUGCAGCUUGAUUCUGUAGCUACAACAGCUGCACAAGGAGUUCUCUAUUACGUCCUCUGCACCCGGUGUUCGUUGUUAUCGCACUACGGGAGGAAUUUGAAUUUCAAGAAACUGCAUUGCCCGCAUGAGGACAUCUUCAAAGAGCGUUGUCGUCUUGCCGAAACAAGAUAUUCAACACGACAUUACAGGCACAACUUUUAUGUCACAAUGAUAGACAAGAGUUUUUUCCCGUGGAUACGCUGCUGGAGGGGAACCGAGUAAACCACGACGGGUACGUGCUGGACUUCGGCGACGUGAAAACGGUCACGAAGCAGGUCUGCAAAGCCCUCAAUGAGUACGUGCUUUUGCCGUACAGGAGCGACGUUUUGAAAAUCCGGGUUCCGGAGGACGGAGUAGACCACGACCAGGCACCCCCGGACGCGGAGGUGAAGCGGGCCGCUGGAUUGCACUUAUUUGCAGGACGAGGAGGGUUUGCUUCCAGUUCCACACCUGCGGAGGCUACGCCGUCACCACCAGGACCAGCAUGUCCCUGCUGCGCAGCUGCAAAUGAGACGAGUGAAGAAGCGAACCGGGAGGGACAAGAUCAAACUGACCGGGAGGAGGCGGCUUCAGGAGCUGUGGCUGUCGCCCACCGCAAGAAAGAUAGUGCAACUUCUACAUCGGUCCUCGACAAGCCGGACUUGAUUCGAACGUGCCCCCCACAAGGUACCUAAUUCAUUCCCAAUCUAGACAACAAACUCGAGACAUCACAUUCUAAGCAUCACAGAUAUGACUAGGUCGCGCAGCAUUACUUAGCGCGAACCUCGUGAGGGCCGGAAUGGGUCAACCACCUCUGUGGCCCCAUUUUUGUUCUCCCGUGGCCAGCCCUUGCCUACAAAAAUGGACGACACCGGGGGAGCACAGGAGACGCGCAGCCAAUGCCCACGCCGAUGUCGGUGCGCAAUCAAUCUGGAGAGGGCGGCGAAGAUGGCGCGCGCAUGCUAGAGAAGCACGCGCGGCUUGUUACUCAUCUUAUUUUAUGUUCACACACUAGCAAGGCACAUCCUGACGUCUAUGACGCGAAUAUAUAUGAUUUAGCGGGCUCGUGGCCCCUCUCUCCGGCGACGCAGUGGCCCGCCACUGCCCGCUAGCGACCUCUGUUGGGGAGGGUUCGGGACUUGUUGCAGCCUCUGUUGCACCCGGCGCUGCGACCUCUCGUCGCAGUGCUGGAGCACGGUUCGACCCACGUCUGUGGGCGGACAAGUGCGACGUCCGCAGCCACCUCUGUGGCGCGGACGUCGCGGUGCGGUCCCUGCUGCACGCCUCGCUGCUGUAUCUAGUAGUACACAAGACGCUGCGAAGCAGCGCAGAUACGCCUUUACUGAUACAGAGCCGGAGUUCAGCACCAGUAUGAAGGGUGUGACCUUUGAGAACAUACAAAGUAAAGCUGGCAGCCGUCGAGGGGCGCCAGCGUUCUGGGGAUUUGGGAAGAAGUUUGUGUUCGCGCCACGAUACAGCAAAAUGCUACCCAAAUCACAUCAUGGAUCAGGUACCAACAGGGCGGAAAGUGCAACUUCUACAUCGGUCCUCGAGAAGCCGGACUUGAUUCGAGCGUGCGAGGACCGCGGGGCUGAUGUUGUUGUCAUUCAAGCCGCCGCCGGAGGUAGUACACACGCGGCGAGGACAAGCAAAAGAGACGCCGGUAAUUUGGCACUGCGUCCUGGCGGGAACACUGACGGCAAAACUGUCGUCGUGGAUGCGAGAGAAGAGGGAGGAAAAAGCAAAACCACCGUGGAUGCUGAACACGAGAACAGAAAUGAUAGCAUCGGCGCACCUGCAAUUUUUUUUGGAGUAGAUUCGCAGCAGCCGCCGGUAUCCAAGAAAAAAAACUCUGUUUUGUGUAUGACUUUAUUUUCGGCGAACAACUACUUGCACUUACGGUUACAACAGGAACAGAAUUACGACAACUGGGAAAACUUGCCAUGUGUGGCUACGUCGUGAAAAGAACUUGCAUGGAGUCACCCAUUAAGUACGCGUGUUGUGCAGCAUGGCAAGUGUAGCUGUCUUGCGUCGUCUGCAACGUACAGUCAUACUCAUCCCGAGGUGUUUUUUUGCAUAGCAGGGCAGCAAGACAAAUCCAAGUCGCGUAGUCCUGGAAGACGAGUUCGACGCGGCUAGGAGGCGUCACGUCGCAAAAAAUGUCGAGGUUCUUUUAUCGAAGAAAAAGAAUUGUGCUGUUCUGAAUGAGGCAUGGCUGCACAGAACGAUAUGGUAUGUUUUGUUCCAUGCUCGUGGGGACAGAAAAAUAAAACAUCUUGGUCUCUAAAUCCUCUUCUUCAGGAGCGUGUAGUCGUACCUGAUGUGAAAAAGAGAAACAAGCAGCUGAGGUUGUGGAGGUCGUAUCUUCUAUAAAUUACUUGAAGAAGAUGAUCAUGGAGCACGACUACACUUUUCGCCUGUCCUGCAUUUUUCAGCAUAGUUUUUUUCAUGGAUAACUGACGGAGUCCGGGCAGUACUUCUCUUUUCCGCGCUAUCGCACGAAAAGAUUGUUUUACUGUAUUUAUAGCUACCUAAAAAACUUGUGUCGCGGUGGUAGUGGCUCUUUCUCAUUCCGAUGCAGCAUAGAAGAAGAAGAUGUGCUUUCUUGCAGCUAGAAUAAAUGCUAGAAGCGCGCGCAUUCUUGCUCGUUUAGCCUCGAACUAGCACGUACUAACAAUGAAAUUUCUUUGUCAUGGAGCGCGCAGUCUCUCACGAAUCUAUGUAACGACAAGGAACUUGUCGCGCGAGUUGGACAUUCAUUUGCAUUGCAGAUUCAGCUCGCGGCGCUUUCCUUCGCUAUCACUUGUCAUGCGAGUCCCUGAUAGUCCGAUCGCCUCAGUGAAGCAUUUUUUUCUUUCGUGCGAUACGCAGAAGGACUGCCGACUGCUGCCAAUCAAGCACAGCACAGCCGAAGAACUUGCCGAGUAUUACGCCAUGAAAUGGAUCCCUCACAUAAUGAGCAUGUCUGCAUAUUAAAUGCAAGUAGUAGAAGUGAGUAUAUACCGGGGCAAAACAUUUUUCAAUUUUUACGAUUACCAAUACGUGUCAAGUAUAGUAGUUUGACGUUCGCAUUCAAGGAAAUAGAUGAUUUUCCAUGCAAGUCCUAGUACAACACCAGACUUGAUGCCGAGGUUUUCAUCCUGUAUGCGAACCCAUUUAGCCCGUGCUGUCGAUCUGUCAUGCGAGAAGCCGAGAUAAUGACAAGUAUCGCUGUCAAGAUUGCGCGAUUGUUCUUCAUCCACGCAUUUGGAAGCAGAAGUUGCAGACACGCUCAUCCCGUGGUUUUUUGCAGUUUAUACGAAUAUUUGGGACCUCAUUCUUUGCGGACUGUUGCAGCAACUGGGCAUCACGUCGCUGCGCGAAGUAUCAACUGCAAUGAUAUUACUCUACGUCAACUGCGGCAUGGUUAUCUGGGACGACUGGAUUGAAGUUCAGCAUACAGUUGGCACUUCGAGGAUUUUUUCGAAAUGAAAUGCACGGCAGUACCAGAAGGACAAAGUUAGUUCGCUUUUUUCCUGUUGUACUCCCAGCCAGGCCCAGGUUGACGAAAAGCGAAAGAAUAUGGUUGCACUUUGCAUACGCAGCCCGCGGGGUCGAAAUGAUGGAGGUGUCUGUGGCGGAGCGACCGAUCCAAAAAGCCAGCUUUCGCAGGGAAAUUCUGUAGCCUGUGGUGAAAACAAGAAAUUCUACCUCUGCUGCUGCUCAGCAUCAAAUGCACCAAAUGGGAAUUAUUUCAGAGGCGCUACUGCAACUGCUGUUGCAGAGUACAAUGUCUAUGUUGAAAAAAGAUGAUGGCCGCAUACUCAGGGA